AGUACAAAAUAAAAUGGUUUCUUGAAUUCACCCUGACAAGGCUAAUCCGAACUUACCCAGGGUCUUAUUGCUCGAACCAGCAAGGCUAAUGUAUAUGAGAUUCACAUAUUUAUUGAUAAAGAACCACUUUGAACGUAGGCACAAACACAAGGGACCUUUUGUGUUAUUUUUCCCGUCAAAAUCAACUUGUGAAACCAUUGAACCACCUUGUACUAACCACGUUUAAUUUAUUAACUUUAAAGUUUCAACCAUUGUCAGCCACCAUCCUUUUACCGUUUUUCUUUUUUUUUAAGGAAACGCAAAUUGACCCCCUCCAUUUUUCAAGAAAGGAAAAAAUCGCGGGCUUUUGCAAAGCUUUAUCUCCCACCACUAUUCAAAUCUCACAGUGUAAUAUUUCUGUCACAGUGGAGAGACCAAAAAAGGGUUUGAGAAGAGAUGCCAGAAGGAGUAGCGGCAACCAUAAGAACAAAAAUGGAGGAACUAAGAUUAACAUGUGACAGAGAUUUAUACAUUCAACAACAGAAUAUUGAUGCUGGUGUUAUCUCCUUUUCGGAAUCAUUGGAUUCAAUCAAGACUCAAACUCAAGAAACCCUUCAAUUCCAGGAAAAACUUGGGAAAUUGAAAACUGAGCUUAGAGAGGCGGAAGAUAAUUUAGUAAAAGCACUUGCAGUAAAGACCCGAAAAGAGGCAAAGAGGACAGAAAUGGCAGACUUAAUAUCUGCUACCAAUGUUAGAGUGGAAGAACUUAGAUGUGUCGUGGAAGAUCAAAGGGCGAGGAAACAUGAAUAUUCCACCCUACUAUCUCAACAAGCUGAUGCUCUGCAAGCACUUGAAGAAGAGCUUAACCAGAACACUGAGCAUAGAGAGGCAAUAGAGGAGGCUACUGUGUGGUACAAUAAGGUGCUUGGUUUACGUAUUGAAUGUGGCCAAGGAGUGAAAUUCAUCUUUACCAAUAUAGAUGUCAACAAUCCAGAUGACAAGUACUCUUUUACUGUCCGUCGUGAGAAUGAUGUACAUACUUUGAUUGAUUGUGAUCCACAGCUGACUGACGCAAAAGAACUGCUCAUUGAGUUAAAUAAAAGCAAUGGACUAUUCAAGUUCGUCAGGACUAUGAGAGAGAAAUUUCUAGAAGCUGUAGCACAUGGAUUAACAUCUCAAGAUCAAGAUACUUCUAUGAUCUCUAUGCCUCCCCUGAUUUCGUCCAUUUCAACUAAUAGUAGAGAUGAAUCUUCACCCCAAAAAGCGGAGCCUCAACCUGAUGAAUAUAAGAGAAGUUCCAUGAAGCUUGCCCAUGGUAAAAGGGUUAGGUCAAGAAAUGAUAAUAAUCAGCCAUUUUUCUUCAUCUGAAUUUGAUCAGCCAUCAUAUACUCAGUUGGCUAGCAUUGACUAGCAAAUACUCCCUCUUUAAUUUAUGUGUAUUACUUUCCUUGUUAAUCUAUUUAGAAAAAAAAAAUCACCUUUCUAUAUUUUGUAAAUUUUUAAUUCCAACAUUCUUGUUUUAUCCUUAAUGACACUCCCUUAUAGGAUGACUGACCACAAGAUUCAAGGAUA